GGCGACAGACCGACGUCAUAGUUGUGCGACGACAACCGUUCGGGCAUGACUUUCCCCCAAUUCUUUUGCACUUUGUAAAGGUAUUUUGUUUAGUUUAGUUUAGUUAAUGAAAUCAGUCGGAAUGUCGCUUCACAGACUACUAAGAUGCAAAAUUCUUCAAGGAUUAUCAUGCAGACAGACACAGAAAACUUUCUCGACUAACACUGAAGGAGAGAUCCACAUUACCAAAAUCCUUAAAGAGAAGUUUCCCCAAGCCUCAUCUCUCAAAGUUGUGGAUAUAUCCGGUGGCUGCGGUGCGAUGUAUGAAAUCCACAUCGAGUCAGAUGAAUUCAGAGGGAAAAGAAUAGUGCAGCAGCACAAGUUAGUGAAUCAGGCACUCAAGGAAGAGAUUAAAGAAAUGCACGGACUGCGGAUCUUCACUGAUGUUCCGAAAAAGUAGAAUCUUCAUUAUCUUCAUUCCACCAAGCUUUACACCUGAUUAUCAUAAAUUAAUAUAUAAUUUAAGAAUAAACUAUUGCAUGACAUUA